CAAUGUUGUUAUGAGUGCCUUGGUUUGCCGGCUACGACCAUAGGCUCCCAAAUGUUAUAUUCAAAGCCUCGGCAUCCAUGAGCAGAAACUCAACUUCUGACUCUCGAUCCCAGGGUCGGAUUCGCAGGCGAUUCGCAACUUCCAGCCAACGCAGAGACGAACGAUGCAGGUCGACAAGCUUGUCAACAAUCCGACGUGACGUCCGAUCACAAGGACAAACCAUUCCCUGUUCAUAGCUCGUAUCGGACCUCCUUGCCGGCGAGGUCGAGGCAUCUCCAGCCCGGAUGUUCGCGCCAGCGCUUCACUCAUCGCAUCCUACGGAGACCACAUACUACCAUACCCUCCCACGGAAUUACCAAGCAAAUGAGCAUCACGAGAGGGGCCAACUGACCACACACACCACUCGCCACCUCUACUGCACCCCUCGCCACGUAAACCCCCUCCUCCCAUGCAGUCGCGCCGCACCGCAAGCAAAUUUUGCCGCUCGCGCGCAUCUCCAAACACCCAGCUUCUCGCUAGCCUGUCCAAUCCCCGACCUCGAGACCGAUCACCAACACUCCGAACCGACCUCUCGCUUAGAAGCUUUGAGCAGUUGUGCUUGUGCGGUCGACGGCAGUGGAUUUUCGAAGGAUUGGAAUGGUGCGGCGGCGGUACGUUUGUCGAUCCUUUCUUGCAGACGGGUACUUGUUGUUGGAUCCUGCUGUGAGAUCGACGUGGUUAGAGGAGUGGUCGGUCACUCGGAAUGCGUUGGCUUUGAUGCCUAGAUGCACGGGUUGCUUGGUUCAGGCGGGAAGAUCUUGUGCUCUGUAUGGGUAUUGGAUGUGUUGCGGUGAGGGAGGCCGAUCUAGAUGCAGACGGGAGGCGUGCUUUUGGGGGCCGGAAUGC